CAAAAAGCCAUAUACGUCAAAAUCACGUUGUGUGGUGAAAAAAACAGAUGGGUCCAUUCCAGCUGCCCUUUUUUUUUUUUUUUUUCAUUAAUAACAUACUAAAAAUCAUGCAUUUCAUGACAGUAGACCUUUAACAAAGAUCCUCUUUGCAUCAUUUCCAAAUCCAAUUCGCUUAUACUUUAACAUUUGGUGUUACCAACUACCCUGAAAUUCUCAAAAGUUCCAUGGGUGAUAAUGGAAGAUAUUAAUGGCAUAGCCAAACUUUUUCCGCAACAACUGUGAGAUAAGUGUUGGUGUUGAGAAACCCUAAUCUCUUGUAGGUGCAACAAAAAGAGGAGUUGUUGAAUCAUCUCACAAGAACAAUGUGAGUGUUGCAACACCCAUAUCAACCACGGUUCCGACGAAAAGUGUGGACUUUAAAACUCCCACAUCCCACAUACUUGUACUAAAUAAAUACAGUAAUAAUUUUCAGACAAAUGAAUGGCUCGGCACGCCUGGAUGGGAAGUACUGAUCUACACUCGUAAACUUUGAUGAGUGCACUACAAAAGGUUCUAUAUUUUCCAGUGCCAGCAAGUGGGGGAAUCAAUCAUAUGCCUGCGUGGUCUGACAAUUUAAUGACAGAUGAAGACUGAAAGCCUACAAUUACGGUGGAUCCACCCACCUCUCUGCGUUCCGGCAGUCCAGAAUGAGAAUGUAGUGAGGAUCGUAGAGGGCGGGCUGGCCUUCUUCGGCGUUCAGCAGGUUGUACACCUGCUGUGGGGUGACGUAGCCACGUUCCACACGGGCCAACUCUGGGAGAGCGGGAAUUAGCACUUCCUCCGGUUCACUGACUGAUCGCAGAAAGAACAAUAAACACUGUGCACGUAUGAGCUUUUUCUGUCAACGGACAAAAGGUCUGUUUACCUUUUCUCUGGAUGGGCAUGACGGAUGAGCGAUCGCUGUCCGUGCUAUUGACCUCCCUGUCGGAGAUGCUCCUCGCUGUUCGCGGCGUCUCGGCUGCCUCACUGGGGGCCACGCUACAAUUGUUAUUUAAUCUGACACAAAGGACAGCAUUUAAGAUCGAUGUUCUCAGCUGCAUACAAAAAAAAAAAAAACACCGUGCCAUACCUGGAGAGUACAACACCCAUCUCGACUUUGGCAGAUGCAUCACAUGCUCCUUCCAGCAUGUCAUCAGAAGAACACGCUACAUAUUAAGAAAUGAAUCCACUCAAUCCUUUGCCUAAGAAGUAGGGAAGCUGUGGGAAAACACCCACCAUCCACUAUAAGUUGUUGCCGUGAUUCCUUCUCAGCCUUUGCUCCAGACUUGCUCUUAAUGUAGCCCGGUGGUCUUGGAAACCCAGUAGAAGUGAAGUGCUCUGGAGGGCCGCACGGUAGCUGGCCGUGACAGCCAGGUGACAGAAAAGGCCUGGGUGUGAGGCUGGUGUCACCCAAAUACAUUUUUCAGUCGCCCUGGAAGAUCCCGAGGGACAAGAAUAGAGCAGCAAUGAAUAAUACGCAGGUCACUGAUCAAAAGAACUAUAUAACAUUAAUACAUUAUAUAAUGGGGAUUGUGAGCACUUCAACAAAAUUUGACAAAUUAGACCAGGACGCACCCUCCAGUUAUCUGGAAUAUAUUGUAUAUACUGUGUUUUAAUAUAAUACCUACUAUACUUUGUUUUAAUAUAAUACUUACUGCAGACUUACAAAAGCAUAUUUCAUAUGUAACCAAUGCAAAAAAAAAAAAAGCGUGGAGAGUCUCAGUCGACAAAUUCAUCAAGAAAUUCGUCAAGGAAUUAGGUCAUUAUUGCCACCAGCCUCUAAAUUAGCCUUUAUUUCGCACCCAUUUUUUCUUUCUCUAUUAUCAUAGUUCAUCAUAAUUGCAACAGCCUGGACAAUUGACCCAAUUUGUUUGUAAUUAAAUAUAAGUAAAUAUAAUACGGUAUAGUGGGGGCACGGUGGUUCAGCUGAAAAGUGCUGGCCUCAUAGUUCUGAGUUCCCGAGUCCCGGCCCCGCCUGUGCGGAGUUUGUUCUCCUCGUGCCUGCGUGGGUUUCCUCUGGGCACUCCGGUUUCCUCCCACAUCCCAAAAAGGUGCAACAUUAAUUGGACACUCUAAAUUGCCUCUAGGUGGGAUUGUGGGUCCGGCUGUUUGUCUCUAUAUGCCCUGCGAUUGGCUGGCGACCAGUUCAGGGUGUACUCAGCCUCCUGCCCGUUGACAGCUAAGAUAGGCUCCAGCACUCCCCACGGCCCUUGUGAGGAUAAGCGGCAAUAGAAAAUGGAUGGAAUAUAAUACGGUAUAGUGGUGGCACGGUGGAUCAGCUGAAAAGUGUUGGCCUCACAGUUCUGAGGUCCCAAAUUCAAUCCCGGACCCACCUGUGUGGAGUUUGCAUGUUCUACCCGUGCCUGCGUGGGUUUUCUCCAGACACUUAAUUUGACACUCUAAAUUGCCCCUCGGUGUGAUUGUGAGUGUGGCUGUUUGUCUUUAUCCUGCGGGAGGCUGGCAGCCAGUUCAGGGUGUACCCCGCCUCCUGCCCGUUGACAGAUGGGAUAGGCUUCAGCACUUGUGAGGAUAACCGGCAAAGAAAAUGGAUGGAUGGAUGGAUGGGAUACGGUAUAGUAUUUGUGGAACCUUGAAUUUUGCCCUUUUUCCAUUGCGAUUUGGUUUGUUUCUUAUGGUCACUCGUGUGCGGGUGUGAGUCGCCGACUAUAAUUUGCUUGCAUUUGUCAUUGUCUAUUGGGGACAAGGAGCGGAUGGUUCAAAGUUUGAGUAUCAUUGUCACAUUUGUACCAUGACAGUGAUUUGACCCUGCACGGGAGUUCGUUUACUUUUUACAUGGGGCCAUGUGCCUGCCGGCAAACCAUUAUGGCUGAAGGGCUGAAUGUCACAAACAGGUGUCAGAAAGAUUAGACAAAGCGGACCAUUUAUUUUAACUCCCCCACGUUAGUUGUUGUUACUAGUUGGAAAUUUUGCAAUGACAAAACUGGACAAUAGAUUAAACUCUCACUUAUCUGUGUUUAUGCAGUGUAUAGUAUGUAUGUGUCAUAAAACACAUACAGUACUAGACAUACUGUAAUCCAUGGAUGAGGUCAGAUCAGUUGAAGAGGCAGUAAUUGUUUGUUUAUUUAUUUAUUUGGGGGGGGGCAAACAACGCUUGAAAAAAGUCCAUUGGGACCUUUGAACCGCAGGAGCGAGGAGGUAAAAGCAGCAGCAGCAGCAGACCAUGUCAGAAAUGAAGCGCUUUUUUUUUGUCGAAUGGAAACGCCCAUUUCUUAGUAAACAAUAUUUGUAUUUUAUUUUAUCACCGUCUGUAAAUGAAAUCGGACUUCAGGGCGGUUGACACAUGAUAAGAACACUGCAUUAACCGUUGGCGACCUUGUGCAGAAUGACAGCUAGUCUCUUGGCUGAGAGGUGGAGAGCUCGGAGAUGGUGCACCAGCGCGGUGAGGACGCUGUCCUCUAAACAUGCCCUGAAGCCUCUGAUGCCCCCCCUCGCCGUGGCGGUCGUCUUCCUAUACGACUUGGCCGACAAGCUCCGCUCGUUUGUGGCGGGCAUCUUCAUCCCCCAGUACCGCUAUCCGUACGGGGUGGCCCUCUGCUUCGGCCAGGUCCUGGUGUCUGUGUUCUUCUUCAAUCUACUCCACAUCCUGGGCGUGGCACCACUGAGGCGGUACAGUCGUCCACUAGCAGAGCGUCUCUUGGUGCCGUCCAUCUGCAGCAGCGUCUACGCCGCGCUCGCCAUGUGGGCCGAAGCCAGCGGGUCGUACGAUGGUCUCUUCUCGCUCUCCCUCCGGCCACUGGCUCUCAUCACGGUGGGCCUGAGCUUUGUGCUGAAGGUCACAGCGCUGCCCUCUGUCCACACAUCCGUCGUCGUCUCCAUCUUGACUGGGUCUUCGCUGGCCUUCACAGCCUGGAGUGGUCUCUCAGUCGUGGAGCCUCUGGAGUACAUGUAUGCGCCUCUGGCCAUCAUCCUCCUCAGUCUCUCUCUGACUUGGCUGUCCAAAGUGUCCGAGGUUGAGCGCCACCAGCUGCCUGCUGAAAACCAGUUCUACGCUUUGGACAUCUACUACACUCUGCUGGUGAACCAGUGCUGGGUGCUGGGCCUCCUGUGGACGCUGCACCCCGACGGGCCCCUCCUCUCGCUGAGUCGGGCCAACUGGCACAGCCUCCUCUUCCACGGUUACCUGCUCGCCAUCUUGCUGCUGGGGAUGCUCCUCAACUUUGCACUUGUGAUGUCAGCGCUGUGCAUCUCACCCCUGGCUGCGGCAUUAUUACACUCGGCCAGGGAACUGUUGCACCCUUUUGCAUAGCUGCUGAAAUUAUGAUUUUUUUUUAUUAUGGAUGGAUUAUUUAAUAUUUAUUACCUCUGUCAAUAAGGUUAUAGUCCUACAACGAGGUAUAACUGGGCCUUCACUGGCGACUUACCAGACUUCGUACACCUCUUAAUACCUCCACUAUCACAUUACAAUUACAGAAACCUCAAUGCUGUACAAAACACAACAGCAUAAUCUGUGAAAUGUACAUUAUCAGGACCAGUUAAGAAUCAAUAUUUAUCUCAUAACAAAAUACCCUUACCAUAACCACAAGAGAUAGUAAUUAUUUAACCUUUUAAUGUGUGCAGUGCAAGCUGAAAUUCGAGAAGAAAUUUUAACACACAUUCGCGGUAAUUUCCGGCCUAAAGAGCGCACCUGAUUAUAAGCCUCACCCAGUACAUUUGUAAAGGAAAUACCAUUUGGUACAUACAUAAGCUGCACCUGUGUAAAAGCCGCAAGUGCCCACAUUGAGAUAUUUACAGAGUAAGACUGUACACAGAAAGAGCUUUCAAAGUUUUAAUACCUUAGCUUAGCUUAACAUAGCAACAACAGGGUGGCACAAACAGAGCUGGUAAAAGAAAGAAAAAAAAAACAGCCGCGGCAGCUACACAGUAGCAACACAGUAGCACAGCACUGACAGGUCUGGUUAAAAAAAAAAUACAUGCCUAAAUCACUGGGCCGUGGCAGUAACACAGCAGCAACACGCUAGUGCGGCGCUAGUGUUAGCGCGGUGCUAACAGGGCCAGUUAAAAAAAACAUACUGGUAAAAAUCACUGAGACACGACAACAGCAACACGCUAGCACAGUGCUAACAGGCAUUUAAAAAAAAUCUAUAUGUUAAAAAGAAAAAAAAAAACAUACUUAUAAAAGUCACUUCCUCGGCACAUAUAUUCCACCGGUCUCACUCUUACCUUUUCCGCUUGAGUGUCCCUUGCGGCGUUAGAUAAAAAAUGCACAUAUUAGCCGCAUGACCGCAUAAACUGCGGGGUUGAAAGCGUGUGAAAAAAGUCGCAGUUUAUAGGCCGGAAAUUACGGUACUGUUGGCAUUACAG